AUGGCGAGUUUACAAAUAGUCAUUCAUAUGGUGUCAUGUCACCCUCCCCCCAUUGAGAAUGUAGGCCGUAAAGAAAAGAGAAGUCUUUUCUCACUUAGGAUGUCCAGUAGAACCUUAAAGAAGAGAGAUGUGUUACCUAAAGUCAUAAAAGGGGCGGGUCAGCGAAGGGCACGUUCGGCCACGAGGCACACGCGGCCCCAGCAGGCGUCCCGGAGGAAACCGAAUCUCGCGGGAUCUCAGGAGUUCCCGUGGGACGAGAAAAACCUGGCUGCGCAGCGGAGUGGAAGGCGUUCCUCUCAGACUUGUCCCAAAGGCCUGUGGCUCAGGCCACUUCGCACGCAAACCCCAGUCCUCGUGGCCGCCUCGCUCCCUCACUCAGAGUCACGGUGCUGCGGUGCUUCUCCCCAGAGGCCGGGAAAGGCAGCUGCGGGGGCGUCUAAAGUUCAUCUCAGGAGACCAUUGCUGCCUGUUCCUUGCACCUUUCCCCUGAACGUCGUGUGUCUCGGAGCCUUAUCUCUGACGGAGCUCGUCUGUCAGCACCCGGUGAUGGGGAAGAUGGCGUCUUCACCCACUCCCCUUCAUCGCCCCCGACUGAACAACGGAACUGUCGGCUCUCCUUUCCCUCUAGCCAGUUGGGAAGAUGAUGACCCCCAGGAUGAAUUUACAAGCUCCAUGGUGAAGAUUGGCAGAAUUUAUGUAAACCUGAGUUUCUGUGGCCUCAUGGAAGGACUGACUACUCCUUCUGUUUUCCUGUUCAGUAUUAUUAGAGAAAAGGAAAUUGAAGUAAAGCUCGAAGACCUUGUCCAGUUUAGCAAGUUAAAGGAAGAGCCAAGGAUGUGAACUCAAAAUAAGCCUUUACUGAAGUCCCAUCCCAUGUCUUAUUCAUUCUCUCUGGAAUGAGAAGAAUAUAAUUGUUUAUAUGACAUUUUCCUCAACUUCUUCUUACCCAACUAAGGUGCUUACCAGAGAAAACCUCAGAAUCGUUACCACUAAAUGCCUGUGUAAGAAAACAGUUUUGUAUUUUAAUUGUCUGUCUUUUGCAUUUGGAGUUUUAUUUACUGUAUGAGUUUUAUGUAAGUUCAUAAAAGUCAAUAAACUCAAUAUUCCAGAA